GCGGUAUUCCCGAUUCCGUGGUAUUUUUUUCACGAAAACAAAUCUCAAGAUUCGCGGCAGUUGGCUAGUAACAAAAAGUUCAGCCUUGUUGUUAUCGUUUGCGUAGGCACGAGAGAGCUCAGUGAGCAAUUGUGAUUGAAAAAUUGCUCGAGAGUACACAGGGGCAAACAAGACCGGUAAGUGACGAAAACGUACACAGAACAGUAGUCACUCACAUGCACAGUGCCGUGGACAACCAUAUGUGGUUAGCUUUUUAAACUCGGUGUUUACGACUUGAUUUUACGGACUAAAAGGAAAGGGUAUAAGCAGACUGAAACAGAGGUCCGUGUGCAGAUUGCAUCGGCACGCGUGUAUAUUAUAAAUAUAAUAAUCUAGCGGUGUGCCAACACAGUGCAAAUGGCUGCCGUUGCCACUGCCGCCCCACACACUGAAGAUAUUUAAUAAUGCGUAGCAAGUGCGGCAGAAAAUGUUACUAAAAGGCCGGAGUGCCGACCAGAAAAAGGGCCGUAGGUCUAAUGGGAAGACUGUCAGCCGGUUUGCCAGACACGGUACUAACGCGAGACCAGCAGCGAGAAGCACAGCAGCAGCAGCGGCAGCAGCGGCGGCGGCGGCAGCGGCGGCGGCGGCAGCGGCGUCGGCGCCGGUAGCAGCAGCAGCAGCAGCAGCAGCAGCAGCAGCAGUGUCCGUUCCGUCAACGGUGGCGGGGCCGAGCCUGAGAAGCAGCGCCGCAGCGAGCACGAGCCAACACAACUCCGCCAGCAGCCUACUGAACGCCAUAAAGACCCGCUCCGGCCGGGUUUGCCAGCAGCCACAGCAGGUCAAAGCUUUUCGAGGUUCGAAUGAGCAGCUCGCCCACCAGCAGGUCCUGGCUGUAGCAACGAGGCCCACUACCAACGCCAACAGCGACAACAACCACAACAGCGUCAGCGCCCAGGAGUCGGUCUGCGACAAUUCCAACGACUCGGGCCUUGGCUUCGAGGAGCGUCACCAGCAGCAGCUCACCAAAGCCGCUGCGUGGAACGCCCUCAACGAGGACAUCCACAAGCGGCGAAAGAUGGACAUAAAGCUCGAGUCCGAGGACGCGAAUUUCGCCUUCGCUGAGAGCGAACCCAAGAUCACCACGAGGAACGGCAUUCUGGGCAGUGCUCGUACCUCCAACGUCAAUGGCUCGGUCGGCAGAGUCGUCGGCGUGACCAGGCCUCGGCCGCACCUGAGCAUGCUGGCCAAGCGGGCGCCGCCGCCUCACCAAGGCCCCAUCACUCUGACCUCGCAGCUCUCCAGCAUGUCGAGGAACGGCAAAGUGCAGCUGCAGAUCUGCUGCCAGCCGGAGCAGCAGCACAGAGCGCGCUACCAGACCGAGGGCUCGCGAGGAGCCGUGAAGGAUCGCACGGGCAACGGCUUCCCCAUCGUGCGACUGCUGGGCUACGACAAGCCGACGACGCUCCAGGUGUUCAUCGGCACGGAUCUGGGUCGUGUGGCGCCGCACAUGUUCUACCAGGCAUGUCGAGUCAGCGGCAAGAACUCGACCCCUUGCGUCGAGCGCAAAAUCGACGGCACCAUCGUCAUCGAGGUGGACGUGGAUCCCGCCAAGGACAUGAUGGUCACCUGCGACUGCGUCGGUAUACUCAAGGAACGCAAUGUCGAUGUUGAGCACCGCUUUCCUCAGGAAGCGGGGAUACUCCAGGGUCGCAGUAAAAAGAAGUCCACGAGGUGUCGCAUGGUCUUCCGUUCGAUCAUUACCAACGACGACGGUACCAACGAGACUCUUCAAGUCUGCUCGCAACCGAUUGUCUGUACACAGCCACCGGGUAUCCCGGAAAUCUGCAAAAAGUCACUAACCUCGUGUCCGUGCACCGGCGGCCUGGAGCUAUUCAUCUUGGGCAAGAACUUUUUAAAAGACACGCGAGUCGUCUUUCAGUUGGACAGCGAAGACCUGAGCUCGUCGCUCGAGCCCCACUGGGAAUGCACAGUUUUACCCGACAAGGAAUUCCUCCAACAGACCCACCUUGUUUGCGUGGUUCCACCCUACAGGCGACAAGAUUUGGCUCUUUCCGAGACAAUCAACAUCAAGUUGUACACGAUAUCCUCGGGCAAGAAGAGCGAACCUCACACCUUCGUUUACACAGCAGCUUCGGCGCCGCCUGUACCCUCGGUCGGCAAACUUGAAAAUGCCGCUGUCAGCACCAACAACGGCGAACUUGUGCUCACCUCCAAACUGACCUCGUCGUCGCUGGUAGUCCCAAGUAACGUCACGUCUAAUGCGCUACUCCCAGUAGCCACAGCGGGGUCGGCAGCAGCGGUGCCAGGACCAACGAGUUUUCUUAGUACAAUUCAAGCACCAAGUACGGCCACGUCGUCCAGUGGGGUCAGUCCCGAUGUUUUAAAAAGCGAUCCAAGUCCUCCACCGGUUACCGUCGCCAAUCCCGUCGCUCCGGUGAUGAUGUGGAGCGCCCAGUCGGCCAUGGGCGCUACGAAUCAGAGUACAGCCUCGGCCGAAGUGAUGAUGCCACCGCCAAGCUUGGUAGCUCCUAAUGCCCUCAUGAAUAGACGCUCCUCCGCGGCCAGUAUGCAGCUGAUUCUACCAGACAAUCUUAAGACCGAGGUGCUCGACGAAAACAGCCAAAGCAGCCUCAUGGGAGACAACAGCAUGACUGGCAUGUCCAAUAGCGCGACUGUGCCCAGUCCGUUGGAACAAUUGGUCAAUGAAAAUUCGCGAGACUCCAUGCAAAAUAGUUUGAUCAAAACCAGUGUCACGGCUACCAAUGGCUCACCCGUUCAAGAGCUACUCGGCGUAGUUGAUCUCAUCAGAAAUCAGCAUCCGAUGAAUGUAUUGCCACAGCCGUCGGCUUUCAAUGGGCUCCACGACGCUUCGUCAGUUAAAAUUUUAAGUCCACGUCACAUCAACAAAGAUUCCAGUCCGAUUAUGACGAACGAGGCAGCUAUCACAAGUCCUGGUGUCGUGGACCUCCGCAUGAAGCAUCACCAGUCCGAAUUCAACGGCAUCGGCAACAGCAGCAUGGGCAGUUUCGCAACGACCUCGGCGGAUCAGCCAUUGCCGGCUCAAAGCAGCGACAGUAUCGAGAAAUAUCUCAACCAAAUCGAGACGGCACCAAAAAAGACUGACGUUCAGGAGGCCAACUUUGUGCGCGCUUCAAUAAUUGCGAAUGGACAGCAGCAAGCGUCGAGUCUACUGGAGCCAGUAGCUCCACUUGACAAUCUCGUUAACUCUGCCAUUGACUCACAUCAAUUAGGUGUUUCGCCCCUCAGAUCGACAAACGUCGGUCCCAAUAACAUGGUCAAUCACGUAUCUGCCAUCGUUGAAGAUGCUAUGAGCAGUCCCCAACAGACGUCCAGUCCCCCAGUGAAAAAUAUGUUGAUUGAUUCGUUGAUGUCCCAAACAAAUGUUUCUCCAUUAAAUGUCGACCCCAUAGUAAGCAACACAGUGACUAGCGUCGCCGUCUCAGUUCAAGAACCAACACCCAACGAUGUUCUGAACACAAUUAACGCAGCAUUAAUGCCUAUACAGGAACCUCCGAUCGUCACCGUGGCGACCAACGUGAGUCCAAAUGUCAGUGUCAGUUCUUGCAAUGCAAUGCAAGUGUCAAGCGAAGUUAUUCCAACUGUUGCUACGGCUAUGCAAGCGCUUGCCUCCCAAACUCCCGUUGAUAUGCAACAAGUUCAACAAGUGGUCGAAGCUCAGCACCAGGUUGAACAGGUCGUAGCCCAAGCACAUCAGCAGGCAGUGCAAACGGUGCAGCAUGCCCAACAGACGGUGGUGCAGCAAGUCGUACAGCACGCUCAAGUGGUUCAACAGGCAGUGCAGAAGGUGCAGGCAGCCCAGCAGGCGCCAACGGCUCCAGCAGUACAACAAGCCGUACAGCAGGCGAGUCAAGAAGUUGUACAACAGGCUGUGCAGCAGGCCACUCAAGAAGUAGUACAGCAGGUACAAGCAGUACAGCAAGCAGUGCAGCAGGCUCAGGCAGCGCAGGUCAUGCAGCAAGCGGUUCAAAACGACUUGGACUCGAUGCUGAACCAACCGGCCAGUUUCGUUGCCGACGCGAGCUCGGCGUUAGCCGCUACUCCCGAGCCAAGCCAACAAAUGCUUACUACUGCUGCUGAGCAGGCUAUCAACAGCGUCAUAACUAACGCCACUCAGGAUAUUAUCAACAAUAAACCCAUUCAGACUACUACCGCUCACGCUAUAAUAGCCACGAAGAAUAUCUUGAACAGUGUUGCUACGCAGAGCGCCCAAUUGAUGAACAGUGCCAUGGAGGGAAUUCUACCAAAAUCACCAGCUCAGCAGCAGAACAUAGUGGAACAAGUGACGAGCAAAUCACCACCAACGGCAAAUUUGACAGUGCCGACCACUAACGGAAUCCCAGCAGUUCUCAAUGCACAAACACCAAUGCAACAAAAUAAUGAACUGCCGCAGUCAACGCAAGUGCCGCAACAACAAAUGGUACGCAAGACUCAACAAACCAACGGCAUGGCUACGCAAGACAUCAUUACUGACCAAGAAUUGCUCAGCUAUAUCGAUUGCUUUGAUCCACAAAAUGGAUUUCUUAUGUAACGUGUCUUGU